AUGUUGGAAUGGAUUGGGGAAUUGGAUGAACUGAGAGGACGGGCUAAAGGCUUACAGAAAAAAAUCAAUGGUGAUAUGAAGGAAUUACUUGCUAGAAUAAAAAUAGCGGCUAUUGAACUUACCCGUAAAAGUGUAGAGACCCAAGAGCGGCUGUCCAGUGAUGUCCGGGAGAAGGAGGUGGCGGCAAUGCGAACGGAGGCGACGAUCCUGAAAAAAGAAAACAAAGAGCUAGUUAAAACAAUUGAUAAAUUGCAUGAGACAAACAAAAAGUUGGCAGCGGAGAAUAAACAGAUUGGAGUGGAAUUGGUGAGAGAGCGAACAGGUAGGAUGGAUAGUAGAGAGGACAUGGGCAGAGAGGAUCGGAUCCACCGAAGGAUUUGGAAAAAAGGGUAUGCCUCCGUCGACGAAAGGAGAGACGGGGCGAUACGAAGGAAAGAUAUAGGUAUUCGAGAGCCUGAGAAGGUUAAAAAGAUAGUGAAGAUAAUGGAUUCGCGGAAAGAAAAAGACCGGAUGCUGACGGAACAAAUAGAAGAACUGAUUGCGAGAAGGAGAGAACUGCGAAGAGGUAAUAUAACGGAGGGCGAAUUGGAGGAGCAGGCCCCAUUGCCACAACGGAAGAGGAGUGUGAGGACGCGUGGAUGGGCAACACCGACACAGCAGACGGAGGAGGAAUCGACGGAUGGGGAGAGAAGUAUUCACUUCCCUCCCUUGAAGGAUUCAGGAGAAUGGACGACGAUAGAACGUAGAAGGAGGGGAGAAAGAAGGGUGACACAAGGAAAAGAAGUGCAGGGGAGCACAGGUUGGAUUCCAAAGAAGGAUGAGAUGAAGAGUACAACGAGAAGGCGGCCUCCAAAGGCAGAGGCAGUGUGGAUUGCUGGAAUCAAAGAUGGACCGACAGGACGAGAAAUCCUGAAACGAGCGAAAAAGGAGAUUUCGUUGGAAGAACUCGGGAUCGAUAAGCCUAGGACGCGGAAGACAUUGACGGGCGCGACAUUAUUAGAAAUAUCAGGAGAGGGUAGCAAGGAGAAGGCUGAUGCACUAGCUCAGAAGCUGAAAUAUGUUUUUAUGGACAGGAAAGUGAACGUGCGAAGAUUAGUGCAUCGGGCGGAAUUAAAAAUAGUAGGACUGGAUGAUGAUACUACAGAGGAGGACGUACAGAGAGCGAUAGUGAAAGUAGGGAAAGGAGAAAUGGAGGAUGUGAAAACGGGGAAGAUUCUGCGGACACGGUCUGGAAUUAGAAUAAUAUGGGUGACGUGUCCAAUGAAGGUAGCGGUGGAGGCGGCUAAGGAAGGACGAAUCCGGAUAGGAUGGACGCAAGCACGGAUUGAGCUGCAAGAAACACGACCGGUUCGCUGUUUCAAGUGCCUGGAAACGGGACAUGUGAGAGACGGAUGUACUAGCGCUGUGGACCGAACGGGAAUUUGUUUUAAGUGUGGAGAGAAGGGACAUAAAGUUUCGGAAUGUAGGAACAAGGCGCACUGCGUGGUUUGUAGUCAUAAAGGGUGGAAUGCAAAUCAUAGAUUAGGUGGUGUAUUUUGCGGGAAAGAGAGAAAGGAUAAGGAAAGUGGUGGAAUGGCUAGGAGGAUAGCAGCUACAGGCACCGAUUAUGAGAAUUAA